AUGUCCUGGGUAGAGGUCGCCAGUAAUCGUUUCCAGCGCCCUCUGGGCGAAAACGAGCGUCUCAUCAAAUUCAUUGGUGACCGCGCUCAUACCGCAGGCCGCGAACAAUGGUCAGUCACAUCGACGGCAACCUUCACACCAUGCGAUAAUCGAUCAGCAACAGAAUGGGCCGCGACAACCCUUCGUGAUGCCUGGAAGCUUUUGCGUUUUCGCCAUCCUAGCAUCGCGUCGACUCCUGCUGGGGAAAGCGAUAGCUUGGAAUAUGUUAUACCAAGUGAGAAAGAUUUGGAACACUGGAUACAGAGGUCAUAUGAUGUGGUUGAAGGGAGAGAUUCAGAAGAUGUAAUUGCCGAAAUAAAACCAUCUCAUUUCAUGACUUUGCAUUUCCUGCCUCAUACCUGGGAAAUCGUACUGCAUACUUCUCACUGGCGCACGGAUGGCUAUGGAGCGUUUCACCUACUCAACGCAUUUUUUGAUGCGGUAAAAGCGAUUGUCGACAACGACGGCCUACCCGAAAUUUUCUGGGGCGAAGAAGUUGCUCGUCUCGUGCCCAGUGUGGAAAGCGCGUUGAACUUGCCUGAAACAACAACACCAGAAAUAACUGCCAGUGCUAUCAAGUAUGCCAGUACUCACACAUACGUCAAAGAUAGUGUCGGAAUACCAUACAAAGGCGAUUCUACUACAAAACCAGGUGGAACACGAUCUGUUCGAAUGCAGCUGAGUACGAAAACCACCCAGGCAAUCAAGAAUGCUACAACCGAGAGACCGUUCGAUAUGUAUUCAGCUGUACAUGCUGCUUUGGCGAAAGUAAAUUUUCAGUACGCGAGUUCUUCAGCCUCUAACAGCGCGAGGAAUGAGCAGGAAUAUGCUAGCGCGAUACGAAUGAGUUUGCGACCACAUCUCAUUAGCCCGUUUACCGACAAUCCCUCGGUUGCAGCUGGUCUCUACACCGGCGGCUACGUAUCCAAAGUUACCGCCGGCGACGAUUUCAGCACGAUCGCUGAGAAAUACCAACGUGAAUACGAUAAAGGAGUUACCCCAGAAUUCAUCGAAUCCCGCCGCCAGUUUGCCAUCAUGGCACUUGGGGGUCUCCAAAAGGGUCUACCACCACCAAAUCCACCCCCAAGUUACGUUGAUAUGUCCUUUGUGACUGGAGUUGAUGAUAUUGUAAAGUCUGUCUUCGAUACCAAGCAUGGACCACUGAAAGUCUUGAGGGUGGGACUGGGAGUCGAGACAUUGACGCCCCAGCCAUAUCUUUUCUUCUGGGAGCAUAGAGGACAACUUGAUCUGAGUUUUGUCUACAACGAAGCGUUCCAGAACUCCAGCGAUGCCCGAAACAUGCUCAACAGCAUGGUGGAUGUAUUAGAAAAUGAAUUACUGGGUUCAAAGUAA